GCUUUCUGUCUGCCAUCGACAAUUGUCUUGGGUCCUUCCAAUGUAGUCGGUUAAAUUAGCCAACAAGAUUAUUGGCGGGCGACAUUGUCAAGAAAAAAAAUGAGCAGGGUUUUGAAAUGUCAAAAAGAUUGUUCAGAAACCAAUAGUCCGGAAAUUCUGUUCAGAAACCAAUAUGUCAGAAAUCUAGAUCACAUUUCUCGUCAUGGUUCAUGCAUGAAGUCAAGGACAGAAACGUUCACAUUCGUGCAAGAGGCCUAAUUCAGAGGAGCGAAGGCUAUUUCUUCUUCGGAAUCAUCUUCCUCCCAGGAUCCACUGCGCUCGCUGGGGUCUCCACACCAUUACCACGUGAGCAAGGACAGAGCUCGCAUAAAUAGGCAGGACCCGUGGUGCUACUCUCCUGUCCCCUUCCGGCCUUUUCCCCCCUUCUGGAGCUUGGGGGGAGGCACUCUGCACCUUCGUCUUCGUCUUGGCGUCCUCCAGCGCUCUGCCUUCCUGAGCUGGCUUCUUGUCCGCAGGAUCCAUGGCGAAGGACUACCCAGCUUCUCCGAAAGCUCAGCAGCUCCAGGAAUCCAAGAAGCAGCGCCUGACAUACAUCCUCGUCGUAAGCGCGCUCUGCAUCGCCUUCUACGUCCUUGGCGCAUGGCAGAACACCACGCUUCCAAAGCCCAUAGGCAACUCGGCGAUCACCCGGGUUGGCUGCGAUCCCACUGCCGCCACGGCACAGUCCUCUGGCUCUGUGCCGUCGUUUGGGCCAGGCUCCGGCGAGGUGCUUGACUUCGACGCACACCACCGGCUCACCAUCAACAACACGGACGGCGAUGGGGAACUGCAGCAGUUCCCGGCGUGCCCUCUCAACUUCAGUGAGUACACGCCGUGUGAGGACCGUAGGCGCGGGCGCCGGUUCGACCGAAACAUGCUAGUGUAUCGGGAGCGCCACUGUCCUGGCAAGGACGAGCAGGUCCGAUGCCUCAUCCCAGCACCGCCUGGGUACAGGACCCCCUUCAAGUGGCCUCGUAGCAGGGACUACGCCUAUUUCAACAACAUCCCCCACAAGGAGCUCAGCAUUGAGAAGGCGGUGCAGAACUGGAUCCAGGUUGAGGGCGACAAGUUCAAGUUCCCCGGUGGUGGCACUAUGUUCCCGCGUGGUGCUGAUGCCUACAUAGAUGACAUCAAUAAGCUCAUCUCGUUAUCAGAUGGGAAGAUCAGGACGGCUGUUGACACAGGUUGCGGGGUUGCUAGUUGGGGAGCUUACUUGCUGAAGAGAAACAUCAUCGCCAUGUCAUUUGCGCCGAGAGACACGCACGAAGCUCAGGUGCAAUUCGCGCUGGAAAGAGGUGUCCCUGCCAUCAUUGGCGUCAUGGCGAAGCAGCGGUUGCCUUACCCAUCUAGGGCGUUCGAUAUGGCACAUUGCUCGCGCUGUCUGAUUCCUUGGGAUGAACACGAUGGACUGUACCUUGCUGAAGUCGAUAGGAUUCUGAGGCCAGGAGGAUACUGGAUCCUCUCGGGACCUCCGAUCAAUUGGAAGACACACCACAGGGGGUGGGAGAGGACGAAGGACGACCUCAAGCGGGAGCAGGACAAGAUCGAGGAUGUUGCGAGGAGCCUUUGCUGGAACAAGGUGGUUGAGAAGGGGGAUCUGUCCAUCUGGCAGAAGCCCAAGAAUCACCUUGAGUGUGCCAACAUUAAGAAGACAUAUAAGACACCCCAUAUCUGCAAGAGUGACAAUCCUGAUGCUGCCUGGUACACACAGAUGGAAGCCUGUGUUACUCCACUGCCUGAAGUGAGCAACCAGGGAGAAGUGGCUGGGGGAGCGGUGGAGAAAUGGCCAGAGAGGGCGUUCUUGGUUCCCCCCAGGAUCAAAAGGGGCAUGAUUCCAGGACUGGACGCCAAGAAGUUUGACGAGGACAAGAAGCUUUGGGAGAAGAGGGUGGCCUACUACAAGCGCACCAUACCAAUUGCAGAGAACAGGUACAGAAAUGUGAUGGACAUGAACGCCAACAUGGGUGGGUUCGCUGCUUCUCUAGUGAAGUACCCCGUGUGGGUGAUGAAUGUCGUCCCUGUUAACUCCGACCGGGACACCCUCGGGGCAAUAUACGAGCGAGGGUUCAUCGGCACGUACCAGGACUGGUGCGAAGCUUUCUCGACGUAUCCAAGAACAUAUGACCUCCUGCAUGCUGACAAUCUGUUUAGCAUCUACCAAGACAGGUGCGAUAUAACUGGCAUCCUCUUGGAGAUGGACAGAAUAUUAAGGCCCGAGGGCACAGCUAUCAUCCGCGACACAGUCGACGUGCUCACGAAGGUCCAGGCAAUAACCAAGCGGAUGCGGUGGGAGAGCCGCAUCAUGGACCACGAGGACGGCCCCUUCAACCCGGAGAAGGUCCUCAUGGCGGUCAAGACGUACUGGACCGCCGAAGCCGAGGAGGAGCACUAGCACACGAGUGACACCGAGCUCACUUGAAAGCGUGAACCAAGCCUGUUCUACACUUCUACUACCGGUCGAGAGGGAUGGCGUCAGCGUUUUGCGUCUCAGUGUAGUAUGUAUGUCCCUUUUCACCUUUUCUCUAGUUCUUUGUAGCUAGCUACAAUCAGAUGGGAAGGUAAGGGAGAGUUUUGAGACGGGGGGGGGGGGGGGGUUGGUUGGUCCUCUAGUUGAGAUACAGGAAGCGGUUUUGUAGCAGGGGAAGGUUUCGCUGGUCUUGCGUAGGUUCCUGGCCCUGUUUCACGAGGGGUUGAACUAGGUUUUAGUUUGUAAUGCGAUGGCACCGGGCAGGCAUUGUUAAUCGUAUAUUGGGGUGACCAUAAUAGUAACAGGUAUUUAUUUAGUUUUCAUCUGAAAAAAAAAAGUGCUUGGAAAUUUGAA